AUGCUACCGUCUCUCACAGGAAACAAUAGCGCGUCGGUUGUGUCGCAAGCGAUGCAGCCGUCCGGGACGCUGACGCGGAUGUUUGAGGACCUUAAGAGCAAGGAUAAGGCUGUGCGGAAUCAUGCAGGCAAGGAGCUCGGCAACUUUGUGUCGUACAUGUUGUCCGAGCUCAAGGGAGAGAGGCUGCAGCUCUUUACGAAUGAGCUGAACCGUCGCGUCAUUGAGCUCUCGCACAGCACCUUAUCAGCGAGCAAGUUGGGCGGAAUCACGGCGAUCGAUCACUUUAUCGGGCUCGAGAGCGAAGAUAAUAGCGCGCGCUUGUACCGCUUCUACCAGUACUUGAAGCCGAAUCUCCCGUGCUCCGAUCCACAGGUCAUGAUGGCGGCCGCUCGUGUGCUGGGUCGGGUGUCGAAGCAUGGCGGCCACUCGCUGGGCGACCAGUUUGUCGAGUUUGAGGUGCAGCGAGCGCUCGACUUUUUGCAGGGAGAGCGCAAUGAAAAUGGACGCUAUGCGGCAGUGCUGAUCAUCAAGGAGAUGGCGCGCAAUGUGCCGUACCUGUUCCACACGUAUGUGGGCCGUGUGAUGGAUCAUAUUUGGGUCGCGUUGCGCGACGUCAAAGUGGGUGUGCGGGAGGCGGCGGCGGAAGCCCUCGGCGCCUGCUUCCAGAUCAUUUCAGAUCGCGAAAAGCAAAUGGGCACACAGGCCUAUGAGCUCGUGUACGACGACGCCGAGCAGGGUCUGCGUGAUCCGGCGAUCGAAGUCAUCCAUGGCAGUCUGCUGGCCAUUCUCAAGCUGCUGCGCUAUUCGAAGUCGUUUAUGCGAACGCGACUGCAUCGGGCGUGCGAACUGAUUUUGCGCCUGCACCGGCAUCGCGAUCCGCUCAUUCGGCGCACGGUCACGAACCUCAUUCCGGUGCUGGCCGCGUACGACCCGCAGUACUACGCUGAAGAGCACCUGAGUCCAGUGAUGAGCACGCUGAUUGAGCAGCUGCGCCGCGAGCGCGACCGCUCGACGAAAGAGGCGUGGGGCGACACGCUGGAAGCCGUCGGUCUCGUGGCCAUGGCGAUGGGCGAUCGCAUGGAGCCGUACGUCGAUGCGAUUAUGCAGUGUGUGCGAGACAGCCUGAUCCAGCGCGGGAAGAAGCAUGCGCUGCCAGAGACGCCUGUGUUUUUCUGCUUGGGCCACAUGGCUCUCGCUGUGGGGCCGCGCAUCGAGGGCGAUGUCCACGACAUGCUGGACAUGAUGUUUGGCUGUGGCCUGAGCACGGCGCUGGUCUCGGCGUUGGAAAAGAUUGUGCAUGCGAUUCCUGCUCUGUUGCCGAUCGUGCAGGAGCGCUUGCUGCACAUGCUGUCGCAGAUCCUGAUCGGCGUGCCGUAUCGCCCGCUGGGUGCGCCCGUGCCGCGUCGUGGCGGCGUGCCGCCGCCUGUCAUUCACGUCGCGCCAGAUGCGCGGGCGAUGGAGACGAUCACGAUUGCGCUGCAGACGCUCGGCAGCUUUGACUUUUCCGGGCAUAUUCUGAGCGAGUUUGUGCGUGCGUGUACGCUGCCGUACCUGGAGCUCGACGCGAAGGAGGUGCGGAAGGCGGCGGCUGUGACGUGUGCGCACAUGUUUGUCAACGAUCCGAUCUGCUACCAGACGUCCAUGCAUGCGAUCGAGGUGUUCAAUGACGUGUUGGACAAGCUGAUCAUGGUCGGCAUUGCCGAUCCGGAUGCGGAGCUCCGGCUGACGGUGCUGAGUGCGCUGGACGAGCAUUUCGACCGGCACCUCGCGCAGACCGAGUAUAUUCGCUCGAUGUUCAUGGCGCUGAACGACGAGGAGUUUGGCGUGCGCGAAGUCGCGAUCGGGAUCCUCGGUCGGCUGGCGAAGCACAACCCUGCGUAUGUGAUGCCGUCGCUGCGCAAGGUGCUGAUUCAGCUGCUGACGGGCCUGGAGUAUGCGAACGUGGCGCGGCACAAGGAGGAGGCGGCGCGUCUUCUCACGGGCGUCGUGCGGGCGCUGCAAGGGCUGGUCAAGAGCUACGCCCUGACGAUCCUGCAGGUGCUCUUGCCCAAGGUGCGUGAUCCGCAUGCGAGUGUGGCGGCGCGCGUGAUCGAGUGUAUCGGAGAGCUGGCGCGUGUAGCGGGCGAGGAACUGGCGCCGCUGGUCGAUGAGCUCGUGUCGCUGAUGGUGACGCAGCUCUCGCGCGGCUCGGCGCAUGCGUCCGUGGCGCGGCGCGAUGCGGCGCUCAAGACGCUGGGCCGGAUUGCCUCGAACACGGUCCACGUCGCGAAUCCGUAUCUGCAGUAUCCGCGGCUGCUCGGCGGGCUUGUCAAGAUCCUCAAGGGCGAGCAAUCGGUGCCUGUGCGGCGCGAGACGAUUCGCGUGCUGGGCAUCCUGGGAGCGCUGGAUCCGUAUCGACACAAGCUCCUGGAGAACAGCUUGGACACGGUCGUGUCGGGGGGCGAUGCGCAGACGGAUCUCUUUGAGCUCGCGACGCUGAUUGGCACAUCGACGGACGAGUACUACCAAAACGUCGCGAUCGAGGCGCUGAUGGCGAUUCUGCGCGAUCCCGCUCUGUCCGUGCACCACCAUGCCGUGAUUGAGGCGGUCAUGUACAUGUUCAAGACGCAGGGCCUCAAGUGCGUCGCGUUCCUGCCGCAGAUUGUGCCGGCGUUUUUGGGCGUGCUGCGUACGUGUGCGGGGGGAGGUCUGAGUGAGUUUUACUACCAGCAGCUGGCGAUUCUGAUCAGCAUUAUCAAGCAGCACGUCCGCAACUACCUGCACGAUAUCUUUGAGCUCGUGCAGGCGGACUGGAAUCCGAAUUCGUCGAUCCAGCUCACGAUCGUCGCGCUGAUGGAGUCGGUGGCUCGUGCGCUCGAGGGCGAAUUCAAGGCGUACCUCCCGCUCCUGCUGCCGCAUCUGCUCCAGACGCUCGAGGGCGAGAUCACGCCGAAGCGCACGCCGACGCUCAUGCGCAUGCUGCAGGCGUUCUAUGUGUUUGGCGCGAACCUCGAGGAGUACAUGCACCUGGUCCUGCCCGUGCUGGUGGGCCUGUUUGAGCGCACAGACGCGCCGCUCCCGCUGCGGCGCGCGGCGAUCGUGACGGUCGGGCAGCUGUCGCGCAAGGUCAACUUUGCCGAUCACGCGUCGCGCAUCGUGCAUCCGCUCGUGCGUGUGCUGCACAGCGGCAUCGUCGAGCUGCGCACGCCCGUGCUCGACACGCUCACGGCGCUCGUCUUUUUGCUGGGGCCCGUGUACCUGACCUUUGUCGCGGUGGUCAACAAGCCGAUGGUGCACCACCGCAUCCAGCACCCGCGGUACCAGCAGGCCAUCGCCUGCCUCGUGCGGGGCGAGGCGCUGCCGCCUGAGCUGCUGCCGCCCGACACGCUCGCGCUCGACAAGGCCGAUGAGGCGCCGCUGGCCGAGGCGUCGAAAAUGGCCGUGAAUCAGCUGCACCUCAAGGCGGCGUGGGACACGUCGCGCGUAUCGACGGCGCAGGACUGGCGCGAGUGGCUGCGGCGCUUGGCCGUCGAGAUGCUGCGGGAGUCGCCGUCGCAUGCGCUGCGUGCGUGCCGCAGCCUGGCCGAGGUGUACCAUCCGCUGGCGCUCGAGCUGUUCAACGCGGCGUUCGUGUCGUGCUGGGUCGAGCUGCUGGACACGUACCAGGAGAGUCUUGUGCACGCGAUCGAGACGGCGCUCGACGCGUACGACAUCCCGGACCAGGUCGUGCACAUCCUGCUGCAGCUCGCCGAGUUUAUGGAGCACGACGACAAGGCGCUGCCGAUCAGCAUACGCCUGCUGGGCGACCGCGCCUACAAGUUCCACGCGUAUGCCAAGGCGCUGCACUACAAGGAGGUCGAGUUUAUGGCCGAGCCGUCGCCGCAGCUGGUCGAGCUGCUGAUUGACAUCAACACCAAGCUGCAGCAGGGCGAUGCGGCGUUUGGUGCGCUGACGUAUGCGCGUGAGCACAUGGACAUUACGCACCACGAGGAGUGGUACGAGAAGCUGCAUCGGUGGGAAGAGGCCCUCGCGGCGUACGAGCGGCGCGCCGUCGAGCAGCCCGAUGCGCAGGAGAUCGUGUUUGGCAAGAUGCGCUGCCUGCAUGCGCUCGGCGAGUGGGAGCACCUCACGGAGCUCGUGCAGGCCAAGUGGCCGACGGCCGGGGCCGAGGGGCGCCGCCAGAUGGCGCCGCUCGCGACGGCGACCGCGUGGUCGUUUGGGCAGUGGGACAUGAUGGACGAGUUCAUCGCGGCCAUGCGCCCCGAGUCGAGCGAGCGCUCCUUCUACCGCGCCGUGCUGGCCGUCCACCAUGGACAGCGGCACCAGACGAAGCGGCUCAUUGCGCGUGCGCGCGACGCGCUGGACACGGAGCUCACGGCGCUGGUGAGCGAGAGCUAUGCGCGUGCGUACGACCUCAUGGUGCGGACGCAGAUGCUCUCGGAGCUGGAGGAGGCGCUCGCGUACAAGCUCGACUAUGCGGACCAGCCCGACCGCCAGGCGACGAUGCGCACGAUCUGGAUGAAGCGGCUGCAGGGCUGCGAGCUGGACGUCGAGGUGUGGCAGCGCAUCCUGAGCGUGCGGAGCAUUGUGCUCACGCCCGCCGACGACAUGGACACGUGGAUCAAGUUUGCGAACCUGUGCCGCAAAUCGGGGCGCAUGGUGCUCGCGGAAAAGACGCUCAACUCGCUGCUCGGCCCCGAUGCGCAGGCGAUGGACGCGCCGCUCGCGGGGCCGCGCGCGCCGCCGGCGGUCAUCUACUCGCAUCUCAAGUUCAUUUGGGCGUGCGGCGCGCGCACCGAGAGCCUGAGCUACCUGCGCGACUUUACGCUGCAUCUCGCCGACGACCUCGGCAUGGCCACGGUCGAUGGCGACGACCGGCUCGUCCUGCCCGACGUGCGAGCCUCGCCGCGCCUCGCCGACUUUGCGAAGCUGCUCGCGCGCUGCUACUUCAAGCUCGGCGAGUGGCAGGUCGCGAUGAACGAGGAGUGGGUCGCCGACGACUCGUGCGACGUGAUUCGCUCGUACCAGCGCGCAACCGAGCUCGACCGCGAGUGGUACAAGGCAUGGCACGCGUGGGCGCUCGCCAACUUUGACGUCAUCACGCACCACGAGCGGCACGGCGUGGCCAUUCCGUUCCACGAGGUCGCGGCGAGCAUCGUGCCGAGUGUGCAUGGCUUCUUCCGCUCGAUUGCGCUCGCGAGCGGCAACUCGCUGCAGGACACACUGCGCCUGCUCACCCUGUGGUUCAAGUUCGGGCACCUCGAGCACGUCGCCGACGCCGUGCGCCAGGGCUUCAGCACCGUCACCGUCGAUACGUGGCUCGAGGUCAUCCCGCAGAUGAUCGCGCGCAUCAGCGCACCGUCGCCGCGCGUCCGCCGCCUCAUCCACCACCUCCUGUCGGACGUCGGCACGGCGCAUCCGCAGGCGCUCGUUUACCCGCUGACCGUCGCGACCAAGUCGCCGUCGCCCGUGCGCAUGCAGGCGGCGAUGGGCAUCAUGGACACGAUGCGCGAGCACAGCCCCGUGCUCGUCGAGCAGGCGCUGCUCGUCAGCAACGAGCUGAUCCGCAUCGCGAUCCUGUGGCACGAGAUGUGGCACGAGGGUCUCGAGGAGGCAUCGCGUCUGUACUUUACCGAGCACAACAUCGAGGGCAUGUUUGCGACGCUCGGACCUCUGCAUGAUCUGCUCGAGCGCGGCCCCGAGACGCUGCGCGAGACGUCGUUUGCGCAGACGCACGGGCGCGACCUGAACGAGGCACGCGAGUACGUGCGGCGGUACCGCCAGUUCGGCGAGAUCAACGACCUGAAUCAGGCCUGGGAUCUGUACUACCACGUGUUCAAGCGCAUCACCAAGCAGCUGCCCGCCUCGAACUCCGUGCAGCUGGCCCUGCAGUACGUCUCGCCGAAGCUGCUGGCGAUGCGCGAUCUGGAGCUCGCUGUGCCAGGCACAUACGUGAGCGGCCAGCCCAUCGUGCGCAUCACGCAGUUUGAGCCGAUCGUGCUCGUCAUUUCGUCCAAGCAGCGCCCGCGCCGCCUCAAGAUCCGCGGCAGCGACGGCCGCACGUACCAGUACCUGCUCAAGGGCCACGAGGACAUGCGGCAGGAUGAGCGCGUCAUGCAGCUCUUUGGGCUCGUCAAUACGCUGCUGUCCAUCGACACCGAGUCGUACAAGCGCCGCCUCAGCCUGCGCCGCUUCCCCGUCAUUCCCCUGUCGCCCAACACCGGCAUGCUGGGGUGGGUCGCUAACUGCGACACGCUGCACAUGCUCAUCAAAGAAUACCGCGAGCAGCACAAGAUCCUGCUCAACAUCGAGCACCGCCUCAUGCUCCAGAUGGCGCCCGACUACGACAGCCUCACCGUGCUGCAAAAGGUCGAGGUGUUCCAGUACGCGCUCGACAACACUCCCGGUCAGGACUUGUACCGCGUCCUGUGGCUCAAGUCGCGCUCAUCCGAGGCAUGGCUCGAGCGCCGCACCGCGUACAUGCGCUCGCUCGCCACCUCCUCGGUCGUCGGCUACAUCCUGGGUCUCGGCGACCGACACCCCUCCAACCUGCUGCUCGACCGCAACUCGGGCGAAAUCGUCCACAUCGACUUCGGCGACUGCUUCGAGAUCGCCUGCCACCGCCCCAAGUUCCCCGAAAAAGUGCCAUUCCGUCUCACGCGCAUGCUCAUCAAGGCCAUGGAAAUCGGCGGCAUCCAGGGCACCUUCAAGGUCACCGCGGAAAACACCAUGCGCGUGCUCCGCGAUAAUCGCGAGAGCGUAUUGGCCCUCCUCGAGGCAUUCGUGCACGAUCCCCUGAUUUCGUGGCGCCUCGUCACCGACGCCGAUGCCGAGCAACGCGCCCCCGACGCUCACGAGCACGAACACGAAUGGUCCGGCGAAAUUCGCGGCGUCGAAGGCGAGGCACGCAAUCAGCGCGCGCUCGAAGUCGUCCGCCGCAUUCAAAACAAACUCACAGGCCGCGACUAUGACCCCACCACCCCCCUCAGCGUGCCCGAGCAGGUCGAUCGCCUCAUCCAGGACGCCACGUCCGUCGAGAACUUGUGUGUCGCCUUCAUUGGUUGGUGCGCGUUUUGGUAA